AUUAAAUAACUCUAGUGUUUGAUGUAAAAACAAAUAUUCCUUAAUUUUCCUAUGUUGCUCAGUACUCUUUUGUCCCGAAUGGAUAUUACUGGUUACCUGAUCAUGUUGACAACAUUACUUACACGGUUUCCAAACAGCAAUGCGCAGUCCAGUUAAUAAUAGGUCAAUGAUUUAUUGAAUGCACUGCAAAUUCCUUCCGUCUUCCGCCCUUGUGUUAAUUAGUUAAUAUCCACAGACCAUACACUGUAUCGUCUGUACCUGUUGUGUUUUUGUGUUAAUAAUGUUAAUAUCGUGACUUUACUUGCGUUGCACCUAUUUCAUCUUAACCCUAACCUUUAAUAAACAUACCCAUUUGGAUCUUAUACAAAACGUAUAACCAAACUAUAAUAAUUACAUUAAUAUUAUUAUCGUUAUUUACGUUUUGUCUACAAAAUGGAAAACAAUGAAUCGUGGAGGACAAUACCUUACAGACUAAGUGUGGCUUCAAAAAUUGAUGUAGAAAUUCAGCAGCUGACAGUAUGGUCUGGAAGAAAACCAACCCGAUCCUGUUUUGAGAUAGAGCAACGUCAGUUUCAGAAAGCGAAAAACAAAGAAGAAUAUUUAACAUCUGUAGCUCGAAUUAUAUUGUAUAUGCGAAACAAGAUACAAGAUGAAUAUGGUGUACAAAGUCUUAUGAAUAAUUUGGAAAAAUUAACAGUUGAAACCAAUAAUAAUCCAUUCUUAAAAUCGGAACAGCAGCAACCAAGUGAAAGCAAUUUGCUGCAAAACCCUCACUGUAGUUGUUGUAAUGACCAGUCAGUAAAUGGUACUCUACAAGGAUUGCAAUCCUGUGUCAACAACAUAACACAACCCAACAGAGGUUUAAUGCAAAAUCAAAUGCAUAGUGAUGACUCUUGGAAGACGACAGCUUUUAGGCAUGCUGUAGUUACUAAAAUUGAGGAAGAAAUUAAACAGGUGGGAGCAACAUCUAACAAUACCCUGGAAAUUGAAAACAAUGUAUUUCAAAAAGCAAAAAAUAAACAGGAAUAUCUUGAGAUCUGUAGCACAGCUGAUACUACAUAUUCGUGAAAUACGUACGGAGGUGAAUAAAACAACGGCAAUGGAUGUUUCAUAGAGGUGAAAAAAAAUGUAUGCCGAAUUUAUCCAUAAAUAAGGACCAGUUUUUAUAUUUUACAUUGUUGUUUGGCUAAACACAGCUUGUUAACUUUUUAUAAAUAUAUAUUUCCAUAAUCCAUUGACA